AGGUCAGCUUAAAGCGAGCUCUUGAUGAACAGUGGGAAACAUCGAAAUCAAAGAAAGCUAAAGUAGGGAAUGAAGUCAGGUUCGAGAAAGCUGCGGAAAGGUCUCACAAUAAGGAGAAUGAAAGUCCUUUUGUGCUGGGAAAGAGCUCUCCUGUGUUGAAAAAAAACAGGAAAGGUAAGAAACUCUCAAUGACUACUGAUAGUAAUCUGGUGGAGGUACCGGUUGUGGGUGUUACAGUAUCAAAUAUUUUUGAAGGUUUAGACAAACAAGAUUCAUGCUGUGGUUCUUCUGUUGAAGGGCUUGGUGGUCAGCCUCUAAUGACCACCAAGUCGCCAUGAGUCUUUUAUGCUGGAACUGUCAGGGGUUGGGGUCUCCCCUGACAGGCAGAAACUUAAGGUUUCUGUAUAACAAGCACAGACCUGCUCUAGUUUUCCUCAUGGAGACUAGGGUCAAGACGGAUAAGGUAGAGAGAUGGCGUAGAAGACUGGACUUUCAGAAUAAAGUGUAUGUUGAGCCGAUUGGAAUUGGGGGUGGUCUAGCUGUUUGGUGGAAUGAUGAUAUUCAGCUGCAACUUAUUAAAGCUGAUAAGAAUAUAGUCCAUUUGAAGGUAGUAAAAGGUUUGGAAAUGGAUUCUGGAUUCUUAACUCUAAUCUAUGGGCCUCCUAGGAAACAAGACCGAGGUAGUUGGUGGAGAAGAUUGAGGGGUCUAGACCCAGGUGAAGCAGUGCCAUGGCUUUGCUGUGGUGAUUUUAAUGAUCUAAUGUUUGAUUUUGAGAAAGAAGGGGGAAAUACUAGAGGGUUGAAUUCUCUGGCUGAGUUCCAACACUUUAUGAUUCAGUGCAAUAUGGUGGAUCUGGGAUCUAAAGGCAUGGAGUUCACUUGGUCAAACAAAAGAGUCAAUGAGGCCCAUGUAAAAGAGCGACUUGAUCGUGCUGUUUGCAACACUGCAUGGAGGGAAAAACAUCAAAAUGCCCAGAGGGCUGCCUUUGAUUUGGGUAGCUUAAAGGCUCCAGGUCCUGAUGGUUUCCCUGGACUUUUUUAUCACCAUUCUUGGGAGGUUGUUGGCCCUCAAAUUUGCACAAUGCUACUGGCAAAGGUGGAACAGGUUAUGUCUUGCGUGACUCAGAGGGAAGGAUGGUGGACUUUGGUUGCAAAUCUUGUAUAGUUUCAUCGGCUUUCCAUGCUGAAGCCGUAGCUCUCCAUGAAGCAGUGUUUAAAGUAAAAGAUCGAGAUCUAGGCCGAGUGACUGUUGAGUCUGACUGCUUACCUCUAGUGAAUGCUGUUUUGGAUGACUCCCCGUGUCCUGAUUGGCAUGCUACAAUUUUGGUUUCUGAUUUACGAUUUCUGUUUCAUAACCACCGUUCCUUUACUUUAAAGUUUGCUCCUAGGACUUGUAAUUUGGCUGCAGAUUGGUUAGCCAAAGCUGGUUGCAAAGGGAUGUGCCCUAUAGGUUGGGACUUGUGUCCCCCAUCCCUUUUUUUAAGUUUGCUUUCUUUUGAUGCUGAGCAU